AUGUCAAUCGCAGAAUCAGGGAAACGCCUACAGGGCGGGCGCUUUAUAGAGCCCCCGCCCGCGCCGAAACGUGUUGAAACCGCUGAGUUUAGGAAUAAAGGCAAAGCUAGUGCAACAGACGACGCCACAAUAUUUGUGAACUGUCGAGUUAACGGGUACUAUGUUAAAGCUUUGGUGGACACUGGCGCAGCCGUGACUAUCAUGCACGAGGAUUUACUGGCGCGAGUACGUAAUAAAGGAACAGAAGUGAGACGCGCGACAAAAACAAUCGUGGGUGCGAACAAUACGCCUUUAAAUAUAAUUGUAAUUGCCGAGAUAGACAUUUCAGUAUGCGGGAAUUCAGUAACUCAUGACGUUUUAAUUUGUAACGAUUUAGCACAAGCAAUGCUAAUUGGAGUAGACUUCUUAAAACCUCAUAAGUGCGUAAUAGAUUUCGAGAAGAAUACAUUACGAAUAAAAAGAGAAGAAGAAACAUUGUCUUAUUCAAACGAGCGUAAAGUAUGCCGGGUUACAAUUGCCCAGUCUGUCGUUUUGCCAGGAAAUUCAAUGAUAACUAUUGCAUGUAAAGUGGAGAAUGGAACGAUUCAGAACAAUAAAAGUGGAGUUCUUGAGCCCAUGGUGCGAUUUGAAGAGCGCUAUAAAACUUGA